AUGUUACUCUGGGCAUUCAACUUUGAGAAUCCCAUUGACCUCAUAACCGGUCAACGCAUGGAACCUGAUACGAACCCUGAUACGGGCUACAUCGAGGGAUUAGCCGAGUGUCUCGAGAGUUUCCGUGUUCGAUAUGAGACGAUCAUGCGUGAGUUUGCAAAGGCAAAGGUUGAUGCCUUUUCAAAGUAUGACGAGAACGUUGAGAUUUAG